CUUACUAAACAAACAAAAACACCUUGAAAUAAUUGCAAAUAGUAAAUAAAUUUGAACUAAAUCUGUAUAUUGCCUUCAGUUCAGACUUGAAUACAUUGUGCAUUUGAGCAGAUUGUGUUACAGGGUUAAAGUGCAAACAAUACAGAAACAUCUGCGGCAAGAUCUGUGCAACGCAAAUCCAAACUUAAAACUACGAGAUGGAACAGAAUGAAGAAACUUUGUGCCAAAACGACGAGGAGCAGUGGUCAAUUGAGGACGAUACGCUUUUCCAGCCAUGUGGAUUGAUCAGUGUCAGUGCGGCGCCUUCCUGCAAAUCUGUGUUUAUUACCUGGAACGAAUUGUAUUUGCUCAAUUUUCGUUUCAAGAAACAGAAAGGAUCAAACAAGCUGAAAAUGAGCAGAGUGCGAAUUCCCUUGCCCAGGGGAAGAGGAAAUCAUCUGCGCAGCAUACAUUCUCUGAAAUAUAAUACAAUAUUGCUAAUGUCGGAUGGACAAAUAUAUUGCUUUGGCUCGAUCAAAGCCUUGCACACUGUGAGCUGGCUGAGUGGAGUCAGGUGCUUCGCCCCAACAGAUCAGGGCUUUAGCGUGAUACGUGAGAGAGAGCAGCGACUGCUGCUGGAGACCUAUCUGGAUCUUCCUGGCUUGGAAAAGGGCGAAAGUACUCUGCAGCACACCUUCGAUAUAACCUACGAUGAACAGAAUAUAUUCCAGUGUGACUGGAUAAGCGAAAAGUACACCUUGACUACACUGAAAGUCUCCGAUGAGGCGGAACAUUUCAUGCAGCGUCUGUUUGGAGCCAACGUGGUCAGGCAGCAGUUUGUGCAUAUUUUCAGCAUUGCUGGACACAUGUUCGCUUUGGCUUCCAAUGCAGAAGCAGAAGAUUCGGAGCAAGCCUACCACAUUGAACUCCUUUGUGUCUAUGCCUGCCCCAUUCACUUUGUACGCCUCCUGCCUCGCCAGAAUCUCUGUUUGGUCAUUCUGAGCAGCGGCAGCGUGGACAUAUGGCACGUGUCUAAGCUGUUGGGCAUUAAGCAGCGGCUAAUGCAUCACACGGGCUCGGAAUGGUUGGACUAUGACUUCGAUGCCAGCAGUGAGAACGGGGACCUAUACUACACUAACGGAGAGCAGCUGGUGCGGCUGAGAGUUAAAUACAACGCACAGCUGGACGAGUGUCUGGUUCAGAGCUCGGCCAAGUCUGUUCCCGGCAUACAGGCCUGCACUUGGGUGAGCCACAGCGAGCAGUUGGUUUGCCUGAGUGACAACAACAUGUUCUACCGCAUUGCCUUUGGUGUUGACAGCGAGGAAGCACAUAAGAAGACUUCAUUGCUUAGUGACUUUACGCCAGCAGCAAUACAGCGCGUGCGUCAAAACACCCAGCAGUUGGAUAAAUAUGAAAGGCAACCAGUCCUGCUGCAGUUGGCCAUACAAAGAGAGUAUCAAAAGCAGCAACUAGUGGCGGUGGGGAGCAAUAACAAAUUGAUUGCUGGGAGCUGCAAGGCGUCGCUAAAGUUUCAUCGCCAGAUACCUUUCAGUGGAGACGCUGUUAUGCUCCUGCAACCAGCUCAGGAAAUGGAUCUUCACAGUAAUUGCAUAUAUGCCAUUUUCAAAUUGAGUCUUGAUAGCUGUGAACACCUUAUGCACAGCACCCACUGGCAACUAUUGCUGACCAUUGAUGACCAUCAAACCCGUGUUCAUGUACUGCCAGAACUUCUUUUAAAUAGAAGCUGCAAUUUGGUGGUUCCAUUGAGGAAACGAAGAAACGAACGUCUGCCUGAGUUAACUCUUAAAUUGGUUGCUUUUAUUGAAUUGCAUGGUCAUCUAAGCGCUGUGCUGAUUCCCAUUCUUGUAGAAGAAAAUUCGUACACCUACAGCGCCCUUUUUGAAGGAAGUGUGACGGCCGUAGACCUGCGCUCAGAUAAUGAUCUACCGAUGUACAAUAAAAAGACUGGUCCAACGAUUUGUCACAAGUUUCGACUACCCAACAAUUUGACACUGCCCCAAGUGGCUAACCUGUUCAAUGCUGCUGGUAACUUGAAGGAGAAUCUAAUGGAAAUAUUUUUCACAGACAUCAAGCUUCGAAUACAAGGGAACAAAGAUGAUGGAGAGGAAGAGAGUUUACCUCUAUCACUUCAAUGUGAAGAUCCCUCUGCCAUUUUCUAUUUCAAGCAUCAUAUUCUCUUAAAUGUGGAACCCUUGAAUGCUAGUAGAGAUUCUACAAUAUUAAAUCAAGUUAUGAAAUUUCAAUGCGAGACUGAGCGUUUAUAUGGCACCCAACGAGCAGAUGGGUCGGACUGUGGAACUAACAUUCAAUUGCGAUUAGAAUCGCAAUAUUCUGCCAUUAGAAAAACAAUAUUUUAAUUAUUUUAAGUGAGCAUGUUUAAAUAUACAUCUUUCUAUCUGUCCCAAAAGCGGUGGUGUAAAGAUCCACUGUUUUAGCCUAGAAAGGUGGUAAGAGUCUGUCAGAGUCCAUUUCAGAAAAGCAAUAGAAUUGCUUUAUCGCUUUUGUUGUGCGCGCCAUUUUUCAAAUGUUUCAAUUUUAUCAGUUAAUUCGAAAGACCGGUGGGUGCGGCACUACUAUUUCAUUGAACAUUCCAUUCUUCCAGAAGGGAGAUUUUAAUGAAAAAUUCAAAU